CGUCAGCAUUUUAUUGUGCUUACCUGUCUGUUUGGCCUGCUUAUUUUUUGUACACAUGUGCAGACGUCUCUCAACUAGGAAGUAGCUGCUGCUACAGUAUCAGUGUAAAGAUGUCAUCAGCCUGAUGCACGAGACGAAACAUGACCUUGACCCAUAUAUCUCACUUUACAUUAACAAAAGCCACCAGUGUUCUCAUGAAUAUGCGGAUUGCAUUGCUGCUGCUCUCAGUAUGUUCAGAGACAGUCUUUUGCUUCAGUCAUGGAAAAGUUGAAGUGGCUUGUGGGGACAUGACACCCCAACAUGACUCUGACCCCAGCACCAAACAUCCACCAUUCAACAUCAUAGCAGACAAAUCCCAGUUCAGCCCAGGAGAUGAAAUCAAAGUGACAUUAUCAAUGGCGUCUUCAGAGGGCAAACAUUACUUUAAAGGAUUCCUCAUAGAAGCAAGAAAUGCUGGGGAUCUUAAUGAAAUCGUUGGAUCGUUUAAGUUAAUCAGUCCUGACAUAUCUCAGCUUCUUAAGUGUGACAAUAAAGAGGGCUCUGCUGUGAGUCAUACCAGUGAUUCCCAUAAGACUGAGGUCCAGGUGAUCUGGGUAGCACCGUCGGACUCUCCUUCCAGUGUGCAGUUUCUGGUAACUGUUGCUCGAGGCUAUAAAGAAUUUUGGGUGAAGAUUCCAGGUCCCGUUUUGUCCCAAAAUGGUGCAGCUCCUCCACCACAAACUACCUUUGGUGGGUCCAUUGGUGCCCAAACUACCCAAACCACAACUUCCACAAUACUGUCACGUUCGUUCACUUCUGAGGGCUGUGGAGGCAGCAAGUCCUGUCUGAGAGAUCCAGAGGGCUGUGACCCACAAAAUGACACUGCGUGUCACUUCCUGUCUUUUAGUGCAUUGGGAAGUAGUGUGAUGUUUGAGCUCAGUGGACCUGCAGAGGGUUAUGUGUCCUUUGCCUUAUCACAGGACAAAUGGAUGGGGAACGAUGACGUCUAUUUGUGUAUUAGAGACACAGACAGAGUUGACAUCAAGGCUGCAUAUGUUUCUGGACGGACACACCCAAUAAUCUCUUCACCGAACAUUUUGAAAGGCAUAGCAUGGAGGCUCUCAGAUGGAGUGAUUCAGUGUAGCUUCUGCAGAGACAUACACCUCCCACCUGAGAAUCUGAAUAGGUUCGAUCUGGACCAGAUGUACUACCUCUUUAUGGCUCAUGGUCGAGCUGAAGAUGGGCGAACCCAUCGACAUGACCACCAGCCUCUAAUUUCAACCUAUCCGGCAGGCAUAACGGGACCUCCUGAGGAUCUAACUGGUUCUCGAUCACCCCUGCUCAUUAAAUAUCAUGGGGCUUUCAUGCUGAUCGCCUGGACAUCGACGGUCAGUGCUGGUGUCAUCAUGGCACGAUACUUCAAACCCGAUUGGCCUGAAAGGAAUAUUUUGGGGCAGAAGGUCUGGUUUCAGUUACAUCGAAUGCUAAUGACCAUCACAGUUCUGCUCACCUUGGUCGGCUUUGUUUUGCCUUUUAUGUACAGAGGAGGCUGGAGCAAGCGUGCGGGCAUACACCCCUAUUUGGGCUGUGUUGUCAUGGCACUCGCUGUCAUCCAACCUGUCAUGGCACUUUUCAGACCUGCGCCAGAUGCCUCAAGGAGAUAUAUAUUCAACUGGAUGCAUUUUGGGACAGGAACAGUAGCUCAAGUCGUGGCUGUUGUCACCAUCUUCCUCGGGAUCCAUCAGCAAGCUCUGUCCCUGCCUGCUCCGUGGUCCACAGGGGUCUUGGCAUUCAUUGUGGUGUGGUUUGUGCUGGCAGAUUUGGUUCUGGAAGUCCAUCGAAGGGGGUUUUUACCUAUAGGUAAAUAUUUUAAAAAUGUCAAAAUCUACACUGAACAUAUCAAUUCUGACGACAAAGAGGAGGUUGUGUUUGUUCCUGAUGAGAAUGAUACUUAUAGUGUGGAAUCUUGUUUUAAAAACAUAGUUCUGGCUAUUUACCUCUGUGGAAAUCUGGGAUUUCUGACAACUCUCCUUUGGAGUAUCAGAGCAGUAUGACACAAUCUCAGCAGUCGUUUCCACAUUUAGUCUCUGGAACUUUCACUAAUCGUGCCUAUUUUAAAACAAGCCAAAGAAAUAUGGAGUAAGAUUGAUUUAUGACGGGCCACCUGUCAAUUUACAGUGAUUAUUAGAAUGAUUUUGUCUGAUUUGAAAUUAAAUUUCUUGACUGCUUAGGUAUAAAUCAAUUUAGUAUAUAUUUUUUAGCACUUUUUGUAAUUUAUUUUUUAU